AUGUGUACUCGCCGUUUACCCACACUCUUCCUGCGUUUCUUAGUAUCGUUCGCGAUUCGAAUAGGUCCUGGACAUGCUCUCUCUGGUAUUGAGCAAAUCGUCGAUUUUAGCCAAGUCUCUCAACCUCCAACUCCUUCGACACUUAACUCGGCCCUCACUGAUAUUGUGGAAACAGUGGCCAACUUCGAGAGGCUCCCGCACGGCCUGCAGCGGGCUAUACUUUGGAGCGCUGGAUGGGUACAAGCAAUUCCCCGUUCUGGACGCCCCACGGACGGCUCAGCUCACUACGUGCAGGCUUACGUAAAAUGUGAUGGCACCAUGAACAUGAACAGCGUUCUCCUGUCUUCUUCGAUCUUCGAUGAUUCAACAUCAUGCAAACUUAAUGAGAAGUGCAACAACAGCGCCAUCGUCUUCACGGAGUCGACGUGUGAUCCAAGUUACGUUGAAUCCAGGGCAGCGUGUGCUGUCAGCCCUGAAAGUCAAUCUUGGGAAUUCACUCUUGAGCAAAAGAAUGGCCCAAUAUGGUCCAAAGACAGCGACAUUAACGGCAGCUUCGACCCUCAAUUGUUCCAGUUCGACGGUAGUGACAGCAACGCAACAAUCUACCUGUUGGCACAAACUAGUUCCUGGAUUAUGGACGACAACACGUGUCCAAACGAAGUGCAAUUCAUUGCACCAUGUCGACAAGUAUCUGGCUCCGAAGUUAGUGAGCAUACCUGGUGCGAGCCUGAAAUUGAGGAUACAUUACGGGCUAUGGUACAAACACUCAAGAGUACAUUUCCAGACACUGGUAACGAUGAGUCACCGGACGGGCUAACGAUCGUCGCGAUUACCACUAUGUGUAUCUUUCUGCUGUGCAUAAUAACCUUGGGAUUCAUUGCUAUUCGUCGGCUCCGCUUCAGAGCUGAUCAAGGUCAAACUGGUUUGUGGGACGAUGACAUCAUCACAGCGAAUCGCCUGCCACGAGAAAAAGUCCGUAUUCUCACGCUUAUCAGUCACGGAGCCUUCGGUGAGGUAUAUGCUGGGAUCUACAAUAACGAGCAAGUCGCGGUCAAGAUGCUACUACCGAGCACCCGUCGGGACAUGAAACUUGUGAACGGGUUUUUGAUUGAGGCAAAAUUGACAGCUACUAUGGACCACCCUCGUAUCGUCACAUUCAUUGGUAUCGCGUGGGACUCCCUUUCCGAUCUGUGCGUGGUAAUGGAAUUCAUGGAGGGUGGAGACUUACGCACGCUCUUGACCAACUAUAAGCAAAAGCAACAUCCUGUUGGGUUUGAUCGUGAGAAGGUCACUAUCGCACUACACGUGUGCCACGCGCUUACAUAUUUGCAUUCCUUGGAACCUCCACUCAUCCAUCGGGACUUGAAGUCAAGAAACAUUUUGCUGAACGACAUGCACGAAGCCAAACUAACAGACUUCGGGAUUUCGCGAGAGCGACUUGAUCGAACUAUGACUGCUGGUGCGGGAACAUCGCUGUGGAUGGCUCCGGAGGUGAUGACGGGCGAACAUUACGACACUAAAGCGGAUAUCUUCUCGUUUGGAGUCGUGCUGAGUGAAUUGGACACCCACACUCUACCAUACGCCCAGGCGAGACAGGAGAUGCAGCUGUCACAUGGGCGACAAAUGACGGACGCCACUCUUCUGCAAAAAGUGGCCAUGGGAAAUGUUACGGUAGAGUUUUCAGAUGUAGGUCCGAAGUCACUGACAGAUCUUGGCUGCGCUUGCAUAUCGGUAGACCCGACCUUGCGACCUAGUGCAGCUGAAGUUCUGUUCAAGCUUCAGGUUAUCCUGUCGAAGGAGCUAGCGUAA